GCCCCCCGUCAUCAUCGCGGAAACAGAAACCAAACAUCAGCCGGAAAACAAAAUGGGUGCAAUACUAGACACCCCGGCCAAGUGUCCUCUUUGCAACGAGCUAACCGGGGAACCUGUCACUCUGAAAUGUAACCACAGGUUCUGUCAGCGAUGUAUCGGAGACUUGUGGAGUGUAAACCCGAACGGGCCCUACCACUGUCCGGAGUGGCGGUGUAAAACAGUCUACCAGACUCUGCCGUUUGACCGCAGUUUUACACGACCGCCCACAAACAGUCGACGGGCCCAGCCUCGCAGCAAUGCAGGUAACUCAUGAAUAACUUGAUAUAUAUUUGUAAAAUAAAGCUGCUUGUGCAAGAAUAAUACGGGGUCAGGAAGAAAAGCCGCGUGAAGGUGUAUAAGGCGGAUAACGCCAACCGAACCCUCGAACGUAAGUGAUCCCCACUGACGUAAUGACGCAAUAUAUUCACGUCGGAUAGUGUUUACAAGGUGUUUAUUUGAGAUGCUUGAUAUUUUUGUUAUCUUUGGCGACCAAAAACAUAACGCUGCCAGCGCCUGUAUCGGAAAGUGAUAUUUUGUCCACGCUCACACGAUAAGGGAUGUGAUUGUUGCGAUAAAAUGAUAUACUUGUAACCUAAAGUUAAUGUGUGUUUACAGUGUAAACACCGUGAGAGGUUCAGUGUUACGGUCACAAAGUUUUUGCUUAAACAAGUCAGUAGAUGUCAGAGUUUGUUUUGGUGAGUUCACGGGUGGGUGGGUGCGGAUUUAACCCUAGAACACUAUCGCUAAAAUUAGUAACACCAUCACUAUCGCCGGGUGAUUAUUACCCGAAAUAAUAUACCCAAGAAAAAGUUCUUGUCAUCAAAAUAUAUCAAAAUAGUACAAUACAUGACAAAUUAAAGUAGUUUUCUUUUUUUGACUGUGUAAUUUCCAAAGGGAGGGAAAAAAGUGCCAUGAGGGGACCUUAUAAAGAUGCAAUAAAAUAACUGAAAUUAGGCAUUCAUGAACAAAAAAAUCCUAAUAUGUAUGUAUAUAUAUAAAUGACCAGCUGACUAAAACAUUUCUUAUCACCAUAUGAAUUCCCCUGAAAGUCACUACUUUGUGAUAGUUAUUCAUAACCGCUGGAUUUAAUCAAGAUAGCAUGCAAAUUCCAGGACCACUCUUACUGACCUUAUUCGCCUACAUGCAGCUAUCAAAUCCACCCAAACCUACUUUACCCUCUAUCACUAUUGCUGGGUGAAAAUCACCCAAACAAAAAUUAAAGCUACCUUAGAGGGCAUUAAAGGUCAGAACUUUAAGGGCUGGGUUGUCACAGUAUUAGAUUUCAUUUCUUGAUUAAAAUAGCUUAAAAACAAAAAAUCCCACCAACAUUUUCGUUGCAAUAUCUGUUGAAAACUUUGAAAAUAAACAGCUGACCUGAGUCCCUUGUUUUGUCCUGCUUCGUAGACAUCGCUGAACAAACAACCAGGAAGAAAAAUACAGACAAAUCCAACAUCAUAGUUUGGCUUUAACAAUAAAACAACAGCUUAAUGUUAAGUUUCCUGUUCCAAUGCAGGUAAACUAACUACUGAUUACUUUUUCAAUUGUGGAAAAAUCUGCAGGAUGAUGAAGUCAAACGCAGCCGAAAAGGUUGGUUUUGGGAACCCCUUGUAAAGUCAUAAAUGUUCUCCAUUUUCUGAAGCCUCCUGUGCUGCAGUAGUAUUCAAACAUUGCACAUGACGCAGAGAGCUAGUUGCUUGUAUUUGUAAGAAUUUUUGCCCAAAAAGAGCAAAGUCAACCUUCUCCCACUAAUUUUUUUUUUGUUUGUUUUUUUUAGGCUCAUCCAGUAGUGAUGACCAAAACCCACUCGGCUCAAUACUAAGGAGGCCCUCACUCAGCAGCCGACUACUUGGGAAGAGGAAGGCCAGCACACCUCCACCUGAGCAACCUAACACAAAGCGAUCCUCUUUGGAAGUUCCUCAUGAGAAUCGCAAUGAUGAGACUCCCACCACUUCCCUGUCAGAUCCGACAACAUCUCGGGCAGCAGCACCCCCAGAAUCUGCACAGUCUGAGCAGAGUGAUGGCGCAUUUUCAAGUGACAUCUCUGAUAGUCAGGCAGUGCCUCCAGCUGAUGUACAUCCUGCAGGUGAUACAUCAGGUGACGCCCCAGUCCAGCAGAACAGGCGUGAAUCAGUGGAAGAGAUCUUAUUAGAUGACUCUGACACCUCUAAUGAGGUAGAUAUAUGUGAUGCUCCUCUUUUUGAAACCCCAAAGAAAGAUACACAUGUGACAUCAGGUAAUGCGUCUCCUGCAGUCUUAACUCCUCACAAGGAAAAGUCUCCUGUACACGAUGUCAGCAAAUCAUCUCCAACAUUCCCCAAACAUCCUGCAACUUCUCCAGCAUCUUCGAGUCAUGUUGGCCUCUUCCCCAGGUCAGAGACAAAGAAUUCCCACCCUGUGCCUUGCCAUUAUUGCCCAAAAAGCAUGUGUCAAACUGCUGUCAAGACCUGUCUGGUGUGUGGAGCUUCCAUGUGUAAAGAGCACCUGCGCCCCCACCUGGACUCUCCUGUCUUCCAGAAUCACACUCUGGUUCCUCCCAUGGAGGACAUAUCCUCCUGGAGGUGUCAGGAGCAUCAGGAGAUAAACCGUAUCUACUGCCGUCAGUGUGGCGUGUGUGUGUGCACAGUGUGUACUGUCAUUGGUUCACACCGUGACCACGUCUGCAUCAGCAUCAGAGAGGCAGAGAGGGAGCUCAGGGUUGGUAGCAGCUUUACAGAAUCAUAAGUGAAGGUGGUUUAGCUAAACAUGCUAUUAAAAAGUGUUUGUUUUCUAUUGUGUACAUUUGUCUCCAGGGGAACCUGAAAGCUGAGAUCAGGCAGCUACAGGUGUCUGAGGAGGAAGUGAAGAACAAAGUGUCUGAACUCACACAGAAGAAGGAGACCUUCAAAGUAAGAGAGAGAAAACUCUACACUACUGUUCACAGACACCAUGCAUGUUUUAAUCAGUUGUUUUUAUUCAAAGCUAAUAUUUUUUUCUUACCCUGACUCAACAUGAAAUACAAAACAUACAGAUGAGAUUAUCCAAAGUUAAUUUAUCCUCAACUAUUUUCAACUCAAAUUCAGGAAAAUCAGAAAUUCUUAAAAAACAAUUUCCACAGCAGUUGUUUCAAGAAAAAUUCAGAGUCCCCCAAGAGUCCUCAACACAAGUAAAAGCCAAGACACCAAAAAAUUAAAAAUCUGUAAUUGAAAGUAUGUACAGGUUGUGUGUGUUGGAAAGAGAGAGCGAAAGAAAGAAAAGUUUUCUUGUAGUUCAGUGGUACCACAGGCCAGUCCUUGAGGUGAGAGUGUCCUAGUUAGUGGAUAUAGAGGAUGGAUCCACAGAAAAAGAAAGGAGUGGCAGACUUGCUUCCAGAGGGUGUCUCAGGGUCUUUGAAAGUCUAACAACUGCACUUUAGUCAGCAACCUUGAAUAAAAAUCAGCAAAAAAAGACAACAGAGCAACUUAGUCGUUUAGUGGUUUAGGUUUUGUCACCAGUUCCAAACACACCCCCUGGUUUCCUCUUCUCUUUUCUUCUUCUUUUCUUAUGGAGCAGAAGAGCAUCCCGCAGUGUUUAAAUGUUCAAAGUGAUGAUUAGUUUCUAUUUCUUGAGGAGGAAAAAAAAUCAAAGGUAUAGAUUUCCCCUGUUGUCUUCUGUUGGUUGUACUAUAAACCCUAAAGGAACAACACUUGACAUGACACUGGUUUUUGUGUUUAUCUAGGUGGUGUUAAAUGAGUCUCGUGCGGCUGUGCAACAGCAAUAUGGAGCCAUCAGAGAGGCCCUGGAGCAGGAGGAGCAAUCAGCACUUAACUGUGUGUCCAAGGAGGAAAACCGGGUUGUGGGGGGACUAGAGGAGAAAUUAAGUCAGCUCCGGAGCUCCCUGCAGUCCAUCCAGAAGGGACUCUACACUCUGGAGGGGCUUGCUGACAACAAAGGAGACAAACAUGUUCAGGAUCAGGCCUUCAUUAUGGUGAGUUUGUUUUGUUUGUAAAAAAAUAAGAUUUUUGGGGCAUGCCAUGAAACUAGAUAAGAGGGUAAGCCAGGUCUGUUGAGCCUAAACCCAGCGUUUUCAAUGUCACAAAGCUGGCUGUCUUAUCCUGGCUGGAUCACCAUGGUGACGGAUUCUAAUGUAAUAACCUUGUCAGGACCAGAUUACAGCUCCGAAUCAGCUGUAAAGUACCUUCAUGCUAUUAAUUUGAGCAUGACAGUAUCUUCCACAGACGACGUAGAUCAUCGUAACAGCACAUUUUUAAUAAUAGAGCAAAGAUGUACAAUUACAGUAACACACUGUAUGAAUCACAUAAUACAAGCCUACAUGCAUUUAAUUCAUUUAGAUUAAAUUCUUCAUCUAAGGCAGAAAGCCUUGGUUCACAGCUUUGUGGUCCUGAUAUUCUUAACUGCUUUGCCAGGCCAGCUUCCACAAACACAGCCUGGGUAUGCUGAGCUGGCUUCAUGGUAUACCCCUCUGCUGGAAGCUCAUGAACACUAACAAAUGUUUGUGUUUGUUUUCCUCUCUCCCUCUUGACAGGAGUACAGCAAAGUUGCCCAACUGUAAGUGACUUCCUUUCAACUUUUACCCAACUUUUUGUUUGAUGUGUCUCGAGCAAAUUCUGACAAAACGUGGCCUCAGCAGACAGAACAGAGGUGUAAUUUAAAAAACACACAGACAGUCAGUACGUUUACAUGACACUUGAGAAAACCGAAUUAUUGCCUUACUCCGAUAAAGACUGGACAACUGAAGUGCAUGUAAACACCUUAGUCCGACUAUAAUCAGAGUUUGAGAACUCUGAUUAAGACACCCAGAUAGUGCAAUUGGAAUUCGAUUUUCUCUACCAUGUAACCAGCGUAGUCGGAGUAUGAUCGGACAAUGCAUGUGUGCGUGCGCCACACUUCCGUAACCCUGGUACAAAAACACCAGAGAAGAAGUGGCACUAUCAUUUAAAGAACUUUCGACUCAGAAGAAUUGCCUGAAUGUCCACUUUUGGAACGAUGAGAAGAGUGCUGUUAUGCUUUUUGCACUGACAGAAAUGGACAAAGUACAUGGACGGUCUCAAAACAAGGAACAGAGACAUCUUUAAAAAAGGUCCGGAAACAGCGCCUCUGAAAAGACCAAUAUUGCCCCCUAGUUUUGAGGAGGAGGACACCUUCACGUCAAUAAUUUCAUUCCCUCAGCUGCAUGUAUACACGGACAAGGAGAGAAGUCGGAUUCGGUGAAAAAAACGAAUUAUGAGCUUAGUCCGAUUAAGUGUCAGACGCAGUGACCAUUGUAUUAUACACAAAUUGAGACAUCAUUCGCCUCUUGUGAAAUUUGACAUGUUUUAAGGUUUAGAAUAAGUUGCAGCACAACCGAGCAUAGAAAGAGAUACACCUGUAGAUAUUUUUCCUUGCAGCUUAUUUUUGAGUUUUUUUUGUGCCUUAUAAAUUCAACAGGACCCACUGACUUUUAAAGGUGUCAUUCAGUGAGUAAAUCAGUUUCAUAACCGGAUUAAUCAUCUGGUCUUCUUGUCAGAGCUGGAAACACUGGGAACCCUGUGGACCAGCUGGGGGCUCCAGAGGAAGUGGAUCGGGCUCGGCUGAAAUGUCUCCAAAGGUGGACGGAGAAACGUCUGGACUCAGUCGUCAUCACAGUGCCGGGCGAAGAUAGAGACCUCUUCAGACUGCUCUGUGAGACAAGUGUUUUCUUGUAUCCACACCUGUUUACUUUGCUCUCACUGAUGAAUCACUGCUAAUUAAACCAACGGACUAAAUGCAUCCUGGCGGCCCAAAGGUGGCAAAUUCAAUUAGUGCUAAUCUCCUCAUCUAAAUUCCUCCUUAAUUUCCUCUCCUGUGUACAGAUGGUACCAUCCCUGUCUUGGAUGCAGACACGGCUCAUCCCAAACUGCAGCUGUCUGAUAACAACAGGAAGGUAACAUACAGCGAGACCCAGCAGGCCUACACUGAACAUGACGCCAGGUUCACCUCCUUCCCGCAGGUCCUGGCCUCCUGCGCCCUGGAGGGGGGUCGCUGGUACUGGGAGGUUAAUGUGUGUGUGGAUGAGGGGCGCUGGAAGGUGGGGUUGUGUGAGGGUCAGAUUGAGAGGAAAGGCCAAAAGGACAACUCUCGCCUGGGCUUCAACUCGUACUCCUGGUGCCUGGCCUGUGACAGAAAGAAGGUGGAGGCUUUGCAUAACAAAGUGGCCUCUGCUGUGAAUGUGGACAGGCUGCAGAGAGUGGGAGUGUACCUCGACUUUGAGGAGGGUGUCGUGUCUUUCUUCAACGUGACACCAGGGGGCAGUCUUGCUUUGAUGCAUUCCUAUGAGCACAGGUUUACCGAGCCUCUUUACCCAGCCUUUUCCGUGUCGAAAACCCACCUGGCCAUCAGCGAUCUGUUUCAGGCAUAGACAUUGGAGUACAAAAAUGUCAAAUGUGCUGGAAAUGUACAGAAAACAUAAAAGCGCUGUGCCUUGUUUUGAAAACUGGAACCAUUUUAUCGUUCAAAUUUGCCAAUUUUAAAUCUUGGAAGCUCUGACCUGCACUGUAUAUGAAGGAAAAAUCUGUGAAUGUGAACUUAUAUCAUGCCUGGACUACUAACAAACUCAUGUUAAUGUUUCCAUAUUUUAGGAUCAGGGCUGAAAUCGCCACAUAUUUUGAGAUUGUUACUGAACACACAAGCAAGUUGACCAACUGCAAGCAGGAAACUGGUGCCAAUCAGUUGUUUUAGAUAUUUUUUAUUUCCAAUGUGUAAAAACUAUCUUCAAAAUGCUUUUUAAUGUCUUUGACAAAUUUUCCUCUUUAAAGACCAGCAAUAAAUUGUCAAAGUUUUACAGAGUUGAAAA